UAAUCUGUUGAAGGGCAGAGCUCAAAAUCUUUCGAAAACUAAGCAAAAAUAAAAGGGGUUGACUUGAAAAACAAGAAAACAACAAUUCGCAUACAGAUAUGUAUCCCAAUCGAGACAGAUUCAUACCCCCGACGCAGAACGGAAGAACGGCCUACGGGCCGCCGGUUUUGAACUUUCAGAAUCGAAUGCUUGUCGUGGAGCGCGUAAUGCAGAGACUUUCGGGCCUGUGGCUGUCGUUUAGCACGCAUUUUGUGCUUGUGAGGAAACUGUUCGAUCUGGUCUUUGGCCGGCUAAAGAACUGGGUGCACAUUCGGCUGGGCCGGGUGCCGCCGACAGUGAGAGAUCUGGCGGCGAGCAUUGAGACAUGCAAUUGGCCGACGGCCUCGAUCCGGUACAUUGCCUGCCAUCCGACGGGCAUGGAGCGGGCACUGCUGACCAGCAUGGACGUGGCGUUGCUCUACUCGGAUAUGCGUGUGCCGCCCCAGCGUUUGACCUCCGCCAAGCAGCGGCAUGUGACCUGCGCCGCGUUCCGGCCCUGGUCCAGCUCCGAGCUGGCGGUGGGCGGUGCCGGCGGCAUUUGCCUGUGGAAGCCGCUGCCCACAAUGCCCCGGAUGAUGCAGAUCACCUGGUACGGCUACAAGCCGAAGGAUUUCAUUGUCGAUCUGCAGUGGCUGCAGACGGGCACGCAUCUGGUCAGCGCCACGCUCGGCAAUCGGCGCAUACAGAUCUGGCAUCCGGAGCUGAGGCAGCUGAUGCAGGAGCUGCACGUUCCGCUGCCGGGCACCCACUGCUGGGUGAUGCGCUACCAGUCGGACAUACUGCAUCUGAUCAGCUUCCUCAAGUCGGAUGCGCCCAUUUUGCGUUAUCGCAACUCGCUGAAAACGUGGAGCAAUCAGCUGACCAAGCGCAUGCCCAUCCAGACGGCCGCUUGGACGGCACGCGGCAACCAUUUGAUGUACGUGGUGAAGGGCUCCAGCAAGGUGUACGGCUCCACGUCCAGCAUGGUGAUGGGUCCCUUUCGGCAUCCGUUCAUGGUCUGGAGCACCAGCGAGGUGAUCGAUCUGCGCAGCUUCUAUUGCAACUGGCAGCAGCACGAGGGCGGCCUAGUCCAGUCGAUGGUCAUGGAUCCCCUGAAUGUCUAUGUUGCGUUCAUGUUCAAGCGGCGGCCCUUCGUUCUGCUCUGCCUGCUGCAUAUUCCGUUCAACUGCAGCCUCAAGCUGAAGCCCAUGCAGCUGAUCCGAAGCGCCGAUGGGCAUCCGGAUGCCUUUCCCACAUGCAUCACCUUUGGUUUUAUGGAUCGCGUCGCGAGCCAUCGGGAUCGCAGCCUGGUCAUAGGCUGGUCCACGGGUCGGUUGCAGAUCGAGGAGCUCAUCGCCCAGACUCGCGAGGAGGCGCUCCUGUUCGAGGAGCUAGAGAUUCGCCAUCCGCAGCAGGUCUUCGAGAUUGAUUUAUAUUAGUUUGCCAUUACUUGCUUCUUUAACGUCUCUCAUUGCAUUUUAAAGAGUUUCUCACUUUUUUUUUUUUUAUUUUAUUGUAAA